CCAUGGGACCCCUCCUCCCCACGGCUAAACUGGACCCCCUGGAGGCCCUGGACCCCCUCUCUCCGGAGGAGUCUCCCACCAAUCUGGGCUCCCGUCGGGUGCUGUGCUGCCAGCUGUGCCCGCGGAUCUUCUUUUACCUCUCGGAUCUCGAGCGGCACGCCAUCACGCAUUCGCAGAAGAAGCCUCACGUGUGCCAGCAGUGCGGCAAAGCCUUCAAACGCUCCAGCCACCUGCAGAGACACAAACACAUCCACACAGGCCAGAGGAACUUUGUGUGUCCCAUCUGCUCCAAGCGCUUCAGGGAGGCAGGUGAGCUCCAGCGCCACCAACGGGUGCACACCGGAGAGAAACCCUACCAGUGCCAGCUCUGCCACACGCGCUUCGCCGAGCGCAACACCCUACGACGGCACACCAAACGCAAGCACCCGUAUCACCAGGCCGCCAUGGAAAUGCUGAACGAGAGGCGGGACCGAGGAGGAGACGGGGGAGGCGGUGGUACAGGGGGAGUGCAGGAGGAAGAAGAGAGCGCUGAAUGGUACAGCUCCGCCGUGUCAACCCUGGAUAACUCCGAGUCAGAUAUGGAAACCUAAUGCUUCUCGCUAAAGGGGAAGGUACAGUGCCUCAUGGGGGUCAUGAUAAAAAAAUUCAAUUUGAGGUCGUAAAAGUGUAAAAUCUGUCUUGGUUUAGGUUUUCUGUGAGAUUUGCUAACAGGACGUCAGUUUGCUUCAGGAUGUAGCAUCAUUUGGGUUUAGUUAUGUUAAAUAGUUGGACAUGUUCCUUAUUU